AUGGAGUCGAAGAAGUCAUGGGAGUAUGUUGGUUCCCAGAGAGGACCCCCUAAGAAGAAGAAGGAAGAAGAAGAGAAGAAGAAGAGAGAAGAAGAAGAAGAAGAAGAAAGAAGAAGGAAGAAGAAGAAGAAGAAGAAGAAGAAGGAAGAAGAAGAAAAGAAGAAGAAAGAAGAAGAAGAAGAAGAAGAAGAAGAAAAGACAGAAUGA